UUUAUAAUUUGACAACGAUUACAAUCAAUACGUAGUGAAAGUUUUGCGAUAAAAUGAAAUCUUCGCAAAAGAAGAAACGGGAAGACGCUGAGGACGACGACAUCAAAGAAGAAUUGGUUCACACAUUUUCGUCCGUUGAUCUCAUAGUAAUAAGAUAUCAGUCUUUGUUUGUUGGUAUUUUGCUGUUUGCGACAUGCUUUUCGUUUUACGUAACCACAGUGAACUUCGUCUACGCCAUCACUGUGGAUGAGCCUAUGGUGCCAAGAGUAUUUGGCGAAAGCAUGAUGUACGUAUAUGUUUUCGACCUUAUUCACCUGACUGACAUUUUUCUGGUCAUGAUUUUCUACAAGACAAAACCGCUGGAACUGCAUCGCGUGUACGAUGUGACACCGCCGUGGAUGACUCUGGUGCGAUUUUUGAGUCUGCUUCCGUUUGACGGGGUCUAUUGGAUAUUUACCAAAGCAAACAUGCACGUUCUCCACGCGUUAAGGCUGCGAUACGUGAUUCGAAUGUUGACAUACAACGAAUAUUUCAGCAGAAUAAAACUGAGUAACAACAGUUUGUAUAAAUUACAAGCAAUUUUGCAAUAUGCAAUGGUGGCCAUGAUAGCAACGACAGCCACUUCGUGCUUCCUUUAUUAUUACUAUUGCAAAAACAACAAGUACCACUAUGUGUGCCAGUAUGGCGAUACGCACUCGUUAAGAUUGUCGUUUGAACAUGUCACAACUACGGUAAUUCAACGUGGGUUUCAACACAGGGCGUUCAUGAUGGAUCUGACCGACGUCGUCGUCUACAUGGUCAGUUAUUUGUCGUUUCAGAUAUUGUUCGGGUACACCAUCGGGGCCGUGACCGUUGGGACGUAUCUGACUAAGUCGAGGAAAUACUUUUUCGGCGUGCUCGUCAACAGGAUAAUGUCCGUGGUGAACGAGUCUCGUAGCGAAGACACGUUAACGAGGAGGACUAUAAAGAGUACGGUGGCGACCUAUUGGAAAAUGCGCGGUCACGCCGAACUAUCCGAUCGGAUGAAAGAGAAACUACCUCAGGGUAUUAUCAACGAUCUUUACUUGGACGUAUCGUGGUACGCCCUCAGACACUCGCACCUUUUCAGGGAUCUGGAUAUCGAUUUCUUGAGGUUCGUAGCUAGUUUGAUGCAGCAUUGGUAUUUUGCGCCGGGAGAGAUCGUGUAUCGACGUGGCGUUUGCAAACGACGAAUGAUCUACGUAGUGUCCGGUGUGGUUCAAAUAUUAUCCGAAGAGGACGGAGAAACUCCGAUAAUUUCGUUUUGUGGAGGCACCGUACUAGGAGAGUCUUGUUUGUUACAAGAUUAUCCGGCUUCUUGUACAGUCAUCUGUCUUACGUACUGUAUCGUCCACAUACUCGAGUGUAAACAGUUCGUAAAAUGUAUCCUGAAAUAUCCCAAGUAUUACAGAAGUUUCCACGGUAGCAUUCAGCAGCGUUAUAAGGAAGCCAAGAUGUAUAAGAAAAUUGCGAAUUACCAGACGAAAGGAUUGGACCAUCAGUUGUCGUUUAUAGCAUUGAAAUACGUGAAGACGGCCGUGCAACGUUUGAGCGAGGGCAAGGAGAUGCAGGACGAGGCAGUUGAAGAGAUGCACGAUCACGAAAUCAGAAAAACGAACGAGAUACUGAGAUCGCUCGUCUUCUGUCCGAAAUACUUGGAUCUCUUGGUGCUUGCUGACGAAAUGGAUUUGGCCAUUGACACAACGUUCAUAAGGCAAUCGUUUCCACACGUACUGAAACCGGAUUCGUUUUUAAAUUAUUUAUGGCAGAGAUGGAUCGCCAUAGUGGUUCUUUGUUUAAUGAUAACGUAUCCUUAUUACGUCUCAUUCGCUCCGGGAUCCUUGUACUACUUCUACAUACUUUAUCUGGUCACUUUUGUGUGGUUUUUAGAUAUUUAUAUAAAACUGAAUACCGCGACCAUUUCUUCGAACGUUUGGGUGACGAAAAUCGGCGACAUCGUCUGGUUGACCGUCUUCACGUUCCAAUUUUGGAUGGACAUUUUCGCCGUUAUCCCGUUCGAAUUGAUCGUGCAUUUUCACUUUCACAUCAACAAUCAGACCUAUCUGCUCUUUAUGAUGAACAGGCUCGCGAAGUUCAGACACGUGAACAAUUUGUUCGAUUAUCGAUACAAAGAAUUGGUGCCACUUAAGGUUUUAGUGUACACGGUGCUUUUGCUGUUCUAUUGCUCUUCGCUGUUUUAUUUAUGCGUGUGUUUUAAUCAGGUCUGUCCUGAGGGAGCCCCUUUUACCGACUUGUUCAUCACAUUCCAGGGAAACGAGCUGUUCGCCGCCAUUUUCUACGGCCAUCAGAUAACCACUGGGUUUUCGCUGACAACGCUGAGCACCCAAACGGAAAGCAACAUUUACUAUCUCAUAUAUAUAUUCACGCUUCUCUCGAUUGUCGUUUAUUUAUAUUCGAUAUCCCAGUUGAUUUGUUAUUAUUUCUUCUCCAUGAUCAACUUUAUGAUUUUAAGCAAUCGCAUAGAAAUGAUCUGCAUGGCUUUGAAGAAGUACAACCUGAGUAAGAAUUUUACCAACAGGGCGAUAUCGUUUUAUCGUAACAACUGGUCGUUCAAUAAGGCGCGAUUUUUACUUUUGAAAAUACGCGUGAUUCCCGAACUACCUUUUGACCUUUACAAAAAUGCCAAGUUCAACCAGCAAUACAAAUUUGCCAUGAUGUUCCCCCUACUUAGAGACUUGCCGAAGAAAUUCUUGUCCGAGUUCUGCGUGUUCAUGUCCACGAGCAUCUUCCAUCCCAACGAAGUGAUCAUUUACAAAGGGGAAACUGCCAAGGAGUCUUAUCUGAUAAUGAACGGCUAUUGCGAAACAACUGACGGGGAUGUUAAGAAGUCUUUGAAACCUAAAGAUAGUUUUGCCGUAAUCGAUUGCUGUUUUGGCCUUCCGUCUCCUAACACCGUGUACUCGGUGAGCCACGUCGUCUGCUUAACGUUCAAACACGACGAUUUUCAGCGGGUUCUCAGUCAAUUCCCGAACCUGGUGGGACGGAUGAACAAUUUAAAAAAGCACAUUGUUAACGAACGGUUCAUGUACAAAGAACAUAACGAACGUUUCGAGGUCACUUUCACUUCUGGUGAGGAAAAAAGACCAAAAUCUGUUUACGUCUUCAAAUACAAAGCGAACGAAGGAUCGCGCGAUUGGUUAGAGUACCAUUUACCGUUUCGGAAACGGAAACGGUUCUACUACAUCCAAUUCUUCCUCAUGAGAUGCACGUUCGGCUGUAGUGGACGGUUAGUUUACGUUUGGGAAAUCAUUCGAGUUUCUUUGGCUUUAAUAACGGCGUUCGUGGCGAUUUUGCCGGGUGUCGGGUACUGCAAGCACUGUCGAUACUGGUACGUGCUUCUCGUUUCGGACCUGAGCGCGUGCAUGGACAUUUAUUUCCGUCAUCACGUCACCUAUUACAACAAACAUAACGUACACGUGACGCAUCCGUUGAAAACCGCAAUACAUUACUGGUCGCACGGGCUUUUCGUGGACGUUUUGGGCGUCCUCCCUAUAAACCUUCUGAUUCUUUGGCUGUUCCCGACUUCGACCGAGCUCGUCUUCAUGGCGCUGACGAGAUUGAACAGGCUGUUGCAAUUGUACAGGUUAUUUCCGUUUUUGUUUUCCCGCGAUUUGAGUGGUAAGACGCCCAAGUGGGUUGCGCUGAAGUUCGUACCUCUUAUUAUUUUGACCGUUUAUACGCUGUCUCUGUUGGUAUUGGAAAUGUCUUGUAAUAUAGGAGACUAUGAAGAAACCGAGGUCACCGUCGCAGGCCUGUUUUGCUACCAGAACUCUUGGAUAUACAAGUCGAAAUUCAUGAAACCUUUCAAUGCCGGCAGAACGUUGAUUAUUAUUAUGUUCCAAACAACGGCAUCUCUCACGGGAAUCGCCAUGAGCGGAUACCAAUGCGAAUCCGUUCCGGAUUGUAAUUUUAUAUGGUUGCAAUGCACCUUGGGUCACAUUAUACGCCUCUUUUUCAUUUCGCAUUUCGCCGCCGUCCAUUUGAAUGCCAAUUUCCGAGAGGCAUUUUACCAGAGGCAAAUGAGAGAUCUGGUCAGCUUUUUGAACUUCCACAAGAUCGGGGCCGCCGUUAAGAACGAGGUGGUGCACCAUUUCGAACUGGUUUGGAUGAAAAACAAAGGGCAAGAUUUGCAAAAUGUUACCAAAGAUUUACAUUACGCUCUACAGGGCGAUAUACUGUUUGAAGCCUACGCUCCGAUACUUAAAAAGUCGGAAAUAUUUGCGAACGCCGACACGUCGUUCGUUCACAGUUUGCUUAUGCAAACUAUGCAUCAAAAUUAUCUAAACAGAGGCAUAAUUUCACGAGUUAAUGACAUCCAGGAGAAUAUUUAUAUAACACUACAGGAUAACGUGGAAGUAUUGGGACCCGAUCGCAAUCGUCUCCUGCUGCUUCCGCCAGGAAGCAUGUUCGGAAAUUUAGACAAAACGCCAAGGAGCCGUAUGACAUUGACAAUGGUCGCGCGUGGCCAUACUGCUGUUUUGGCAAUAAAAACCCUGGAUUUUUAUCAGACCAUGUCAUCGUUCAAAAGGUUCCAAACGAAUUUCUUGCAGAGGACUGCGAUCCAUGUGGACUAUUUGCCAGGAGGACCUAUCCAGAAAUACGUAGAAAAGGAGCGAUUAAAUCAGGAAGAAAUUGGUCGAAGAUCCAGAUUGUACUGUUUACUGUUUAAUGUUAAAAAACCCGGAAAUUUUAUUUACAUUUGGGAAAUAUUACUGGCAUUAACAAUAGCCAUCUUUUCAAUCCCCAUGGAAUCGUUUCAUCUUUGCGUGAAAUAUCCCGGUGUUGUUAUAACAACGUUGUUAUACCUGUUGGACCUACUGUACGUUCUGCAAAUAUACCUGAAGUUUAAAACUUGUUACGAGGAUGAAUACGGCAUUCUUAUAAAAGACAAGAAGAAAAUUGUCAACAGGUACUUGAAGAAUCCGCUCGGUUUUACUUUAGACUUGGCGAUCAUUUUUCCGUUUGAAAUAAUCAGUAUCUUCUUUAUUAAUAAGAACUACUUCUGGACGAUUUGGAGUUUUUCAAGGACUAACAAACUGAUAAAGAUUUAUUUUGUGGUGGACCUGUUAAGAAAGAAAAGAAAGCAGUUGAGUGCCAGCAUAUUUUCUAUUAACUUGAUCUACAGUUUGUUUUGCUUAGAAAUGUUUAUUAUGAUGGUGUCAGUUUUGCUUGCAAACGUCUCAUGUUUUUAUCCUGACUACAAUUUCGUAGUAUUUGACGAUCAAAGUCAGAGUACGCUGUUCAAAUGUAACUGGCAUAACGAACCGUUUUCUCUCAAAUUACUUGCCUUUUUUAAUUUUAAUCGAAUCGUCAUUGGUUGCAUAACUUCGACGGGAUUGCCAAAUGUUUUCCCCGAUCACUCGAUAUUGUUAAUUCUAAUGUUCUUUUUAAUGAUAUUCUGUAAAAUGAUCUUUUUAUUCUUCUCAUCGGCAACAUUGUCUAAUUUAUUUGCGAAAAACAUGAGUCUUUUAAUGUUCGCUAACGACGCCGACGAACUGAUGACGUAUAUGAAAAGAGAACGAGCCUCUAUAGGUCUAGUGCAACAGAUUUGGAAUUACAUCUGGUUGUUGUGGAAAAAUAAUCAAGGGGAGCAAAUGCCUAGUUUACUGGAGCGCACUCCGUAUUAUCUGAAAGAGGCGAUUUUGAAUUCCUUAUUUGGUUAUCACUUGCAAAACCACCCGGUACUUGGCCGUUUUCAUUUAGAUCUAUUAAGACAAAUGGCUGCUUCAUUUAAACAACGAAUUUAUUGUGCUGGGGACACCAUAACUUUUGCUAACGACCUUGACGAGAAAAUGUACUUCAUCCACGACGGCAUUGUUGAAGUUAUCAACGAAGACUCUAUGACAACCGGGAGGGUACCGAAACAAUUGACAGAUGGUGAAAUGUUUGGUCUUGAACAGGGACUUAAUCCAAGAAAAGGACAUUUUUAUACGUACAGAGCAAAGAAAUAUUCGGUUAUAUUAAUGCUAGGUUACCGUUCGUGGUGUCAUUUGUUACAAUUUUUUCCUGCAUCUCAAGCUAUAGCACAAAGUUUGGGUUUAUUGGCAGCCAAAGAAGACAGUAUAUGAGAUGCGACAGGACAAUUAAGUUUGUUAUA